UAUAAGCAUAUGUUUCUCAGACAUCAGAUGAUACACGCAGGUGAGAAACCUUUUACUUGUGUAGAGUGUGGCAAAAGCUUUACAAGAAAGGGAGAUCUUCUUGCUCAUCAUAGAAUCCACACAGGGGAGAAGCCAUACACAUGUACAGAGUGUGGCAAAAGCUUUUCACAAAAGGGGAACCUUAUAGCGCACCUCCGGAUUCACACAGCAGAGAAGCCUUUCACAUGUACAGAGUGCGGUGAAAGUUUUAAACUGAAAGGAGCCCUAGUUUCUCAUUUUAAAGUACACACAAAUGAGAAACCCUAUACCUGUAUGCAAUGCGGUAAAGGCUUUCCACGGAAAGGAAAUCUAUUAGUUCAUGAAAAGAUUCACACAGGAGAAAAACCACAUAUGUGCACAGAGUGUGGAAAAAGCUUCAAACUCAAGAACACACUUUAUACGCACCAGAAGAGUCACACCAAUGAGAAACCAUAUGCAUGUGAAGAGUGUGGUAAAUGCUUUACUCAGAAGCAGUACCUCCUAAAUCAUCAAAGAAUUCACACAGAGGAGAAACCCUUCACGUGCAAAGAGUGCGGAAAAAGUUUUAGGCAAAAGGGGGACCUACAAUCCCACCAAAGGAUUCACACUGGAGAAAAACCGUACACAUGUACAGAGUGCGGCAAAAGCUUUGCUUUAAAAGGAAACCUACUCUCUCACUACAUGAUUCACACGGGAGAGAAACCUUUUGCGUGUAUGGAGUGUGGGAAAAACUUUUCACGUAAGACCACACUAGUCAGGCACCAAAAGGGUCACAAUGGUGAGAAUCAGAUUACACUUUAUGCACCAGAUGAAUCACAGACCUAAAAGCCAAAUUGACAUGUUAAAACUUACAGUAUAUGCAGAGAGGGAACAUAAUGUGUGACAGACACAUUUACAGAAGACUGUUAGUGGUUAUGCUAUACUGUAACUGGGACUCUCCAUAUCUUCUGCGUUACUGCAUUUAUAGGGUUGUGUUUAUACUGUGUAAUAUUCUUACCUCCUGCCCUGUAUACCAGAUCUUUAUAAAUGCAUUGUAAUAAUAAAAAUUAACUAAUUCUUUAAGAGAAUAA